AUGGCGGCGGUGGGCCAGGACGCGCCGGACGGCGGCAGCAGCUCCGCCAGUUCGGCCCCGCCGGAGGCCCUGGAGGCCGUGGCCGCGGAAUGGAUGCUGGAAUUCGCCUGCUCCUGCCUGUGCCGGCACUUCGCAGAGCAGAGCGGGGCGGAGUUCUGGCGGUGGAGGGACGUUGCGCAGGCUCUUAUUAGUGGCCUCUCCCAAAUACCUCCACAUCAGAAAAAAACGGUAUAUCUCUGCCAGCUUUUGAUAAGAAUUGCACAAGGAAAAAGCCUUGGAUUACAGCUUGAAAAUGAUCAAAGAAUUUCACCUUUGGAAUCUGCUCUGUCUUUCUGGACUUUACUUGAAAGGGAAGAAAUUAAACUGGAAAAACUUCAUGAACAAAUUCGUCGCUUGAUUCAAAUUCAGAUUGUAGCAGUCUAUAUGGAAAACAGAUAUUUCAAGGAAGCUGCUGAAGUUCUUGAAAGGCUGUUCACAGACUCUGAAUCAGAUAAGCCUUUAAGGGUGAAGCUGACAACCAUAAUUAAAACAAAGGAUCCAUAUGUUCCUCUUCUCCAAAGCUUCAGUUACAGUCUUUUGAUAAGUAAAAUCAAGUCCUACAUUGAACUUUUCAUGAAAGAAAAUGAAACUAACUUCUUAGUACAGGAAGCCACAAAACAUGUGGCAUCCAAAGGGUUGGGAGCAACAGCGUUGCAAAACAGACCUGUGGAAGUCAUUGAAAAUGGCAAAAGUGAUUUGGAGACAAAACAAAGAUUGGUGAAAGAGAAACAGUGUAUCACAAGUUUGUCAUCUGGAGACAUAAAAAAACUCAUAGCAAGGAAACGUUCAGGACAGAAGCUCAAAGACAGCAGAGUUCUUCAGAGUCUUAACGACAUGCAAAAUGUGGAAAACAAUGGAGUUUCUUUUGCAUGUAGCCGAAAAAGACAGAAAUGGACUGAAAAAGAAGACUUGGAGCUGAAAUCGGGAGUGAAGGCGUUUGGAGUGGGUAACUGGGCUAAAAUUUUAGUCCAUGGUAACUUCAACAACCGAACAAGUGUCAUGUUGAAAGACCGGUGGAGAACAUUGAGCAAGAUCAAACAAAGCUGA